GAAUGCGCUUCUGUUUUGGAUUUUGUUUUCAGGAGCAACAAAACCAAAACUUCUCUUUGAAUCCAAGUUUCUCACACGUCUUUUGCAGUUAGCUUCACGUUUCUACUCUCUCCAAGUGAUUUGCUUUCAUGGGUAGUUGCCAAAUCUUUUAGAUUUAAACCCAGUAGUUUUGUGUUUAGAUCUUUAUCUCCUUACUCUUUUCUUUCUUUAUUCUUCUUUUUUUUUUUUCUUGUAUAAUCUGCUAGCAAAACCAACCCCAUUUCGGUAGAUUACAGAUUAGUGUAGGUUACAGUGUCAAAGUUUUGAGCUUUCUGUAGUUUCAUUCUGCUAAUAAAAAACCAUUUAUCCCAAGUGUUAAAGGCUUCUCCUUUUCCCUUUCUUUGCCGUCCCAUUUUUGCAUUUUCUUUGUGCGGUAUUGGGUUGAUGAGUUCUUCUUUUGGGGUGGGGUGGCGUGGUGUAUUCUUGGGGAAAACUGAGUAAUUUGAGAGCGGAAUCUUUAGAGAGAAGAUGGCAUCGUACACUUUGUUUCUGCAUCUGUUUGUUGUCUGUGGAGUUCUUUUUGUGGCUUGCGUUUCCUUUGAAGAAACUGAAGUUUCGGCUCUAACAACAUUCAAGGAAGCCAUAUAUGAAGACCCACAUUUGGUUUUUUCAAAUUGGAAUGCUCUAGAUGCAAAUCCCUGUGACUGGUCUGGAAUUUCUUGUAAUGGGGGUCGGCAACAUGUUUUGAAGAUAAACAUAUCUGGUGCAUCUUUGAAGGGAUUUCUUGCGCCAGAAUUGGGUCAAAUUAGAUACUUACAAGAGCUAAUCUUACAUGGGAACAGCCUAAUUGGGAUAAUCCCUAAAGAGCUGGGCAUGUUGAAAUGCCUUCAAGUCUUGGAUUUGGGAAAGAAUCAAUUGACAGGUCCAAUUCCUCCAGAGAUUGGGAAUUUAAGCAACUUGACCAAAAUAAACCUUCAGUCCAAUGGGUUGACUGGGAGACUUCCUGUUGAGCUCAGUGAUUUGAGUUUCCUUCAAGAACUUCGUCUUGAUAGGAAUAAGCUUGAAGGACCCUUCCCUGCUGGUAGUAGUUCAGAUUUUUCAUCUAUGAUACAUGGAAUGUCUGUCUCCAGUACAAAUUCAACUGGUUUCUGUCACUCAUCUCAGUUAAAAGUUGCAGAUUUCUCCUACAACUUUUUUGUUGGAAGCAUACCUAACUGUAUGGAUUAUCUUCCAAGCACAAGCUUUCAAGGAAACUGCCUCCAAAACAAUGAUCCUAAACAGCGUCCUAGCACUCAAUGUGGUGGUACUCCACCUGGUAAUAGUCAUCAAGGACCCAACCGAAAGCACCAGCCUGCCGAAGAUGCAUCUAGGCAUCAGAGUUCAACAAAACCUACCUGGCUUUCAGCUCUGGAAAUAGCUACUGGAACCAUGUUUGGAUCUCUGUGUCUUGUUGCUCUAUUUACUGCCCUUCACAGAUGUAACCGCAAACCUUCAAUCAUAAUCCCUUGGAAGAAAUCUGCAAGUGAGAAGGAACAUUUGACAGUAUACAUAGAUUCUGAGAUGUUGAAGGAUGUUAAUAAAUUCAGCAGACAAGAGCUUGAAGUAGCCUGUGAAGACUUUAGCAACAUAAUUGGCUCCUCUCCAGAUAGUUUGGUCUACAAAGGCACCAUUAAGGGUGGGCCUGAAAUUGCUGUGAUAUCCCUCUGCAUCAAAGAGGAAAACUGGACAGGCUAUCUUGAGCUUUACUUCCAAAGAGAGGUGGCAGAUUUGGCAAGACUUGAUCAUGAGAACGCUGGAAAGCUGCUUGGUUAUUGUAGAGAGAGCACUCCAUUUACAAGAAUGCUUGUUUUUGAAUAUGCAUCAAACGGGACACUGUAUGAGCACCUCCAUUAUGGAGAAGGAUGCCAAUUAUCGUGGACAAGGCGUAUGAAAAUCAUUCUAGGCACUGCCCGUGGACUCAAGUAUCUUCACACAGAACUUGAUCCACCAUUUACCAUAUCAGAGUUAAACUCCAGUGCUGUGUAUCUUACUGAAGAUUUUUCCCCCAAGCUGGUGGAUUUUGAAAGUUGGAAGACAAUUCUUGCUAGAUCAGAAAGGAAUUCCGGGUCUGUUGGCAGCAAUGGUGCCAUUUGUGUUCUUCCUAAUGCCAUGGAGAAACGCCACCUGGACAUCCAAGGAAAUGUUUAUGCUUUUGGCGUACUUCUGCUGGAAAUAAUAAGUGGGAGACCGCCAUACUGCAAGGACAAAGGAUGCUUGGUGGAUUGGGCCAAGGACUAUAUCGAAUUGCCAGAAGUAAUGUCUGAGAUUGUAGAUCCUGAGUUAAAAAAUUUUGGAUAUGAUGAUCUCAAAGUCAUCUGUGAAGUGGUAAACCUCUGCUUUCAUCCAGAACCCAUGAGGCGACCAUCUAUGCAGGAAUUAAGCAGCAUACUGGAGAGCAGGAUUGACACAUCUGUGUCCAUUGACCUCAAGGCCUCUUCUUUGGCAUGGGCAGAACUUGCGCUUUCAUCAUAAUUGAGUUAAAGCUAACAUACUGUAAAUCACAAACAUACGAUUUAAUACAUCUUCCUCCCACCCACUUUGUUUUUCUGCUCAAUCUUUUUGAUCCCAAGCUUGUAUAUGCUGCAUGCCAAAGUGCACAUACAGUUUCACGCGUGUUGAAGCCCACUCUUUCACAUUGUAUACAAACAAUUGCGUAAUUAGUGAAGUUCUUUGAUCACAAUAUGGCAUAGUCAUGUUUUAGAAU